AUGGGGGCAUACUUCGCCUUGAACGGCCUCGGCGGGGCCCCAGCGCCAGAGGCAUCACCACCGCCCCUAGCUGGAGCAGACAGCCCAUCAUCCACAAACCCCGGCUUUCAACCCACCGCCCUUGACAUGCUAAUUCCAGGGUUCUCCUUCUUUACGGCCGCCGUCCAGCGCUACCUGCAUGUGGACCUGAACGUCUAUAUCCCGCUGUUUGUUACGGUGGCUGCUGUCGUGCUCGGCUGGCAGUACCUGAGUGACUGGUUCUGGUCCAAGAUGGACGUGUACCUCAUGUCCAAAUGCUCCCUGCGUACCGACGAUGAGUCUUACAACUACGUCAUGGCCUGGGUAGCCAAGCAAAAAUUCUCCCAAAAGUCGCGCCGCUUCAUAGUCAACACAAACACCAACUCAAGGAGCUGGUUCAUCUGGAACUGGAACGAUGAUGAUAAUCAGGAUGACGACGGCUCUGAUCCAGACAUGACCCAGAAGCCCCUGGCAUACACUCCAGACUACGGCUCCCACUACUUCUUUUACAAGCGCACCCUGCUCUGCUUCCUUCGGUCCCAGGGCCGUGAUAACCUUUACUCCCUUCCUAGCGAGAAGGAGGAGAUCUAUAUCAGCUGCUUCGGCCGCAACCCGGCUAUCCUCAAGGAACUGCUCGACGAGGCCCGUGACGUGUAUCUCCAGCGCGACGAGAAAAAGACGGCCAUCUACCGCGGCACUGUGGCCAAGGGCGCCUCGGCUGAGCCCACCUGGAGCCGCUGCAUGGCCCGCACCUCGCGCCCCUUCUCGACCGUCAUCCUCAAUGAAAAGGUCAAGCAGGACCUCAUCGACGACGUCACCGACUACCUGGACCCGGCCACCCGCCGCUGGUACUCGAACCGCGGCAUCCCCUACCGCAGGGGUUACCUGCUCCACGGCCCUCCCGGCACCGGCAAGUCCAGCCUGAGCCUGGCCCUGGCCGGCUUCUUCAAGAUGCGCAUUUACAUUGUCAGCCUGAGCUCCGCCAACGCCAACGAGGAGACACUCGCCACCCUCUUUGCCGAGCUGCCCCGCCGCUGCGUAGUGCUCCUCGAGGACAUCGACUCGGCGGGUCUCAGCCACACCCGUGAGGGGCCUGCCUCGGCCGCCGUCGCUCCCGCUCCCGCGGGCGCCGACGACAUGGUCCCCGGGCAGUUGACACCGGGCCUGCCCAGCGCGGCGACCAACAGCCGCAUCUCCCUGUCUGGCCUGCUCAACAUCCUAGACGGCGUGGCAUCCCAGGAGGGGAGGGUGCUGAUCAUGACGACCAACCACAUCGAGAAGCUCGACAAGGCCCUCAUCCGCCCGGGCCGCGUCGACAUGAUUGUGCACUUUGGCCGUGCGGACCGCGCCAUGAUCACCUCCAUCUUCAAGGCUAUUUACGCACCGCUCGAGGGCGACGACGGCCCGCAGGCCAAGAAGAUGUUGGCCAACACCGCCGCCGCCACAAUCGCCAAGGGCGACAGCGACGAUGCGACCAAGGCGGCUGCGGACAAGGAGAAGCAGAAAGAGGCGAAACGGGCCGAUGAGAUGCUCACGCGCAUCGACGCGCUGGCGGCACGGUUUGCGGACCGCAUCCCCGCGCAUGAGUUCAGCCCCGCCGAGCUGCAGGGCUACCUGAUGAAGCACAAGCGGGACGCCGAGGCGGCCGUGGCCGGGGCCGAGGACUGGGUGGAGGCGGCGCGCAAGGAGAAGGCGGAGAAGGAGAUCGAGGAGGCAAAGGAGCGGCGGCGCAAGGAGGAGGAGGAGAAGGAAGCGGCCGAGAAGAAGAAGAAGGAGGAGGCUGAGAAGAAGCGCAAGGAGGAGCGCAAGGAGGAGCGCAAGAAGAACAAGGCAAAGCGCGCCAAGAGGGCGUCCAAGCAGGAGGACAGCGACAGCUCGGGUUCCGACACAGCAGAGCCUGGUGACGGGGGUGGCUCGGACGAUAGUUCGGACGAGGAGGAGGAGGCGAACAGCAAGACGAGGGGACAGAGCAGGGGUUCGAGGCGGAGGCGGAAGGCGAGCAGGAAGGCCAAGGUCCAGGAGGAGGAUGAAGCCGCUCAGGAUCAAAAAGCUGCCGUUUCGAACAAGACCGAAGAGCCCAAGGAGCAGAAAGAGUUGCUGCCGUCGGCCGCUGCCAUCAAGCUGGGACAGAAUCAGGACGAUGCCAAAUCCCCACGGUCUCCUAUUGGGGGAGACUCGGGCUACGAAACUUGUUGA